AUUUGGUAUUGUUUGUCGCACCCUCAACCCAGAAUUAGAGUACUUAAACCGCGUCCUCAAGGUUUGUUCUUGUUCACCGACCUUGACAACGCCUUUCCACACCAGCCCUUGUAUACAUUAGAUACCUGUUUACUCUUGAAUCAACAUGUGCGGCAUCUUUGGCUACUGCAACUUCUUGAAAGAAAAGGACCGCAAGGAAAUCCUGGAGAUUCUUUGCACAGGUCUAGCUCGUCAAGAGUACCGUGGCUAUGAUUCUGCUGGUCUUGGUAUCGAUGGCGACAAGUCAGGCGAAAUUGUUUUUUUCAAGGAGGUUGGCAAGGUUGCCGGCUUGCGGCAACGUAUUGCGGAGUCCAGCAUCGACACGACCAAGUCGAUGAUAUCCCAGGUCUCCAUUGCUCAUACUCGUUGGGCAACACAUGGUCCCCCCUCCGUUCUCAAUUGCCAUCCCCUUCGCUCUGAUGUGAACAACGAGUUCAUUGUUGUACACAACGGUAUCGUGACCAACGCUACAGCUCUUCGGCAAGUCCUGCAGAAGCGUGGCUUCAAAUUCGAAUCUGAAACUGAUACGGAGGCGGUCGCCAAACUAACGAAAUAUGUAUACGACUCUCGGCCUGACAAACGCAUGACCUUCACAGCUCUUGUGAAGACCGUCCUGAAAGAGCUUGAGGGUUCUUUCGCCUUGGUCUUCAAGUCCAUCCACUUCCCGAAUGAGAUCGUGACUGCCCGUCGCGGUUCACCUCUCCUGAUUGGUGUUAAGACUGACAAGAAACUCAAAGUCGACUUCGUGGAUGUCGAGUUUUCUGGAGCGGAUGCUGACACCAAAGCCGUGGAAAGCCUUGCUGUUCCCACUUCCCCUACUUCUCGAUUGGCGCCUCCAUCGUUACCCAAGAUGUCUCGUCGUCGGUCCCGCAACUUCAUGUCCGAGGAUGGCAUGCCCCAACCCAUCGAAUUCUUUAUCGCCUCUGAUGCUUCCGCCAUUGUGGAGCACACCAAGCGUGUGCUCUACUUGGAAGAUGAUGACAUUGCUCACAUCGCUGAGGGUCAACUGCACAUUCACCGUCUGCGCCGGGAUGAGUCUACCACGGCCGAGACACCUGCCAUUCGCAACAUCGAGACACUCGAGAUUGAAAUUGCCGAGAUCAUGAAGGGCAAGUUUGAUCACUUCAUGCAGAAAGAGAUUUACGAACAGCCUGAAUCCGUCGUCAACACGAUGCGUGGACGCGUGAAUUUCGAUGACUAUAAGAUCACACUCGGUGGGCUGCGUGCCUAUCUGCACAUCAUGCGCCGCGGUCGCCGUAUUGUAUUCUGCGCUUGCGGAACGAGCUAUCACUCUGCGUUGGCAACUCGUGCGAUCUUCGAGGAGCUGACCGAAAUCCCCGUUAGUGUGGAACUCGCAUCCGACUUCCUGGACAGGAAGACUCCCAUCUUCCGCGACGACAUCUGUGUCUUUGUCAGCCAGAGUGGAGAGACUGCUGACACCAUCCUGGCAUUGCGAUACUGCUUGGAGCGUGGCGCCCUUUGUGUGGGGGUUGUCAAUACUGUCGGUUCAACGAUCUCGCGUGAAACACACUGUGGUAUUCACAUCAAUGCUGGCCCUGAGGUUGGCGUUGCGUCUACCAAGGCAUAUACCUCCCAGUACAUCGCACUGAUGUUGAUGGCGCUGCAGCUAUCAGAGGAUCGGAUCUCCUUCACUGAACGCCGCAACCAGAUCAUCGAUGGCCUUCAGCUUGCCAAUAGCCUCCUUGCAAACUCACGCAGCUUGUUGCUGAUGGGUCGUGGAUAUCAGCAUGCCACUUGCCUUGAGGGCGCUCUCAAGAUCAAAGAGAUUAGCUAUAUGCAUUCGGAGGGUAUUCUUGCAGGAGAGCUUAAGCACGGUCCCUUGGCGUUGAUCGACGAGAACAUGCCGGUCAUCAUCAUCAUGACCCAGGAUUCACUAUAUCCGAAGGUCCAGUCCGCAUUCGAACAGAUAACCGCUCGCAAGGCUCAUCCCAUUGUUGUCUGCAACGAGGGUGAUACCGGAAUCAAGGCUGGGGUGAAAACCAUCCGCGUUCCUCCCACUGUAGACUGCUUGCAAGGUCUCUUGAACAUCAUUCCCUUGCAGUUGUUGAGCUACCACUUGGCCAUCAAGAACGGGUUUGACGUCGACUUCCCACGCAACUUAGCCAAGUCAGUUACGACCGAGUAAAUGACCAGCCUUCAACUUCAUGUCAGCGGAAGGUGGCAUGCAUAUCGUUGGCUUAGGUUAUUAUCACGGACCUUCAAAAUUACUGUACACAUACACCGCUUUCAGGGACUCGUUUUGGUUUUGUACUCGAUAACGGACGAUUUGCAUUCAUGGACGGUUUCGCCCUUUUCUUUUCUUUUAGUACUUCACGAUCCUCCCAUCCGAUACCGUAUGUCUACCCUUACUUGUUGCCGACUGUUCGAGCCCCUUCGUUCUGCAUACCAUACAUGUCGACAACUGUCUAUGACCAGAGCGUUGAAUCCAGUUAUCCGGAAGUGACGAAUUGAAGAAAUGUAAAGGGACACGAUGGAUCAGUGAACGCUGCGCUUUUGUGAAUUCCAUGACCCUCUGGCAAUAUGUUGUUCAUUCAUCCAAUAUUUGUGCUACCUUUUACUUCCAAGA